GGCGGCCACUGGGGCCGAGGCAGCCAGGAAACGUGUGGGCCUCUCUGCUGCGGUCUCCGAGGGCCGACCGCUGCCGGCGGCGGGUCGUGGGGGCUGACUGUCGCUCUGCCUUUGACAGGAGAGGCUGCUUCUUGUAGAGGAAACAGCUUUGAAGUGUGGAGCGGGAAAGGAGCAGUUUCUGAGCUGCAAAAACUAGUUUCUAAACAGCACCCUUUCAACCUGUACAAAUGCCACAGCUAGUGGAAAUCCAGUCUUCUGCAAGAUUAUGCAGAAAUCUUAUUUUCUGAUGAUCAUCUCUGCCUUUGAACCUCUACUUCCACCAUUGCUGCUGCUUUUUCUCAUCUCUUUGACCCAGAGUAGUUCUCCUGUCUUUGACUCUUUGGCAUACAACUAAUGCCUGUGUUUUCAGGGUAUCAUCUUCAUCCCAAGUCCAUUGUCAGAACAGAGAUACUUUCUUUCCUGGGAGAAGUUCUGGGUCUAGCUGUUUAUGACAUUUUUCCUACUUUAUUGUUCUACCCUUUGGAACUGUGUUGAAUUAAAGAGUUAAUUGUUAAAUCCAGUAUGGCCACAGGAGGAGGUCCCUUUGAAGAUGGCAUGAAUGAUCAGGAUUUACCAAACUGGAGUAAUGAGAAUGUUGAUGACAGGCUCAACAAUAUGGAUUGGGGUGCCCAACAGAAGAAAGCAAAUAGAUCAUCAGAAAAGAAUAAGAAAAAGUUUGGUGUAGAAAGUGAUAAAAGAGUAACCAAUGAUAUUUCUCCGGAGUCGUCACCAGGAGUUGGAAGGCGAAGAACAAAGACUCCACAUACGUUCCCACACAGUAGAUACAUGAGUCAGAUGUCUGUCCCAGAGCAGGCAGAAUUAGAGAAACUGAAACAGCGGAUAAACUUCAGUGAUUUAGAUCAGAGAAGCAUUGGAAGUGAUUCCCAAGGUAGAGCAACAGCUGCUAACAACAAACGUCAGCUUAGUGAAAACCGAAAGCCCUUCAACUUUUUGCCUAUGCAGAUUAAUACUAACAAGAGCAAAGAUGCAUCUACAAGUCCCCCAAACAGAGAAACGAUUGGAUCAGCACAGUGUAAAGAGUUGUUUGCUUCUGCUUUAAGUAAUGACCUCUUGCAAAACUGUCAGGUGUCUGAAGAAGAUGGGAGGGGAGAACCUGCAAUGGAGAGCAGCCAGAUUGUAAGCAGGCUUGUUCAAAUUCGCGAUUAUAUUACUAAAGCUAGUUCCAUGCGGGAAGAUCUUGUAGAGAAAAAUGAGAGAUCUGCUAAUGUUGAGCGCCUUACUCAUCUAAUAGAUCACCUUAAAGAACAAGAGAAGUCAUAUAUGAAAUUUCUUAAAAAAAUCCUUGCUAGAGAAAAUGAGGAGGAGGAUGUUCGGACUAUAGAUUCAGCUGUGGGAUCUGGUUCUGUAGCUGAGAGCACAUCGCUAAACAUAGAUGUGCAGUCUGAGGCUUCAGAUACCACGGAGGAGGCAUCUUUUAGUCUGAGAAUUCGGCCGUGCAUUGAGGACAAACUAGGGAAUUCAGCUUCACAAGAACAGGUUUCAGACAUUGACGUUACUACAAGUCCAAAAGGGAAAGGUGACAGACCUCAGAAUGACAGGGAACUGAGGCCUAAUAGAAAAUAUAGCCGAAAACGUGGAUUUCCCUCAAAGGCCAGAGAUCCUCAGCAGGAGCCUAUGGAAGAGAUAGAAAAUUUGAAGAAACAACAUGAUUUAUUAAAAAGAAUGUUACAACAGCAGGAGCAACUAAGAGCUCUACAGGGACGGCAGGCUGCACUUCUAGCCCUGCAACAUAAAGCAGAGCAAGCUAUUGCAGUGAUGGAUGAUUCUGUUGUUGCAGAAACUGCAGGUAGCUUAUCUGGCGUCAGUAUCACAUCUGAACUAAAUGAAGAAUUGAAUGACUUAAUUCAGCGUUUUCAUAAUCAGCUUCGUGAUUCUCAGCCUCCAGCUGUUCCAGACAAUAGAAGACAGGCAGAAAGUCUUUCAUUAACUAGGGAGGUUUCCCAGAGCAGGAAUCCAUCAGCUUCAGAACGUUUACCUGAUGAGAAAGUCCAACUUUUUAGCAAAAUGAGAGUGCUACAGGAAAAGAAACAAAAAAUGGACAAAUUGCUUGGAGAACUUCAUACACUUCGAGAUCAGCAUCUUAACAAUUCAUCAUCCUCUCCACAAAGGAGUGUUGAUCAGAGAAGUACUUCAGCUCCCUCUGCUUCUGUAGGCUUGGCACCGGUUGUCAAUGGAGAAUCCAAUAGCCUCACAUCAUCUGUUCCUUAUCCUACUGCUUCUCUAGUAUCUCAGAAUGAGAGUGAAAACGAAGGCCACCUCAAUCCAUCUGAAAAACUCCAGAAGUUAAAUGAAGUUCGAAAGAGAUUGAAUGAGCUAAGAGAAUUAGUUCAUUAUUAUGAACAAACGUCAGACAUGAUGACAGAUGCUGUGAAUGAAAACAGGAAAGAUGAAGAAACUGAAGAGUCAGAAUAUGAUUCUGAGCAUGAAAAUUCCGAGCCUGUUACUAACAUUCGAAAUCCACAAGUAGCUUCCACUUGGAAUGAAGUAAAUAGUCAUAGUAAUGCACAGUGUGUUUCUAAUAAUAGAGAUGGGCGAACAGUUAAUUCUAAUUGUGAAAUUAACAACAGAUCUGCUGCCAACAUAAGGGCUCUAAACGUGCCUCCUUCUUUAGCAGAUUGUCGAUAUAAUAGAGAAGGGGAACAGGAGAUUCAUGUUGCACAAGGUGAAGAUGAUGAGGAGGAGGAGGAAGAAGCAGAAGAGGAGGGAGUCAGUGGAGCUUCAUUAUCUAGUCACAGGAGCAGUCUGGUUGAUGAGCAUCCAGAAGAUGCUGAAUUUGAACAGAAGAUCAACCGACUUAUGGCUGCAAAACAGAAACUUAGACAGUUACAAGAUCUUGUUGCUAUGGUACAGGAUGAUGAUGCAGCUCAAGGAGUUAUCUCUGCCAAUGCAUCAAAUUUGGAUGAUUUCUACCCAGCAGAAGAAGACACCAAGCAAAAUUCAAAUAACACUAGAGGAAAUGCCAAUAAAACACAGAAAGAUACUGGAGUAAAUGAAAAGGCAAGAGAGAAAUUUUAUGAGGCUAAACUACAGCAGCAACAGAGAGAGCUAAAACAAUUGCAGGAGGAAAGAAAGAAACUGAUUGACAUUCAGGAGAAAAUUCAAGCAUUGCAAACGGCAUGCCCUGACUUACAGCUGUCAGCUGCUAGUGUGGGUAACUGUCCCACCAAAAAAUAUAUGCCAGCUGUUACUUCAACCCCAACUGUUAAUCAGCAUGAGACCAGUACAAGCAAAUCUGUUUUUGAGCCUGAAGAUUCUUCAAUAGUAGAUAAUGAGUUGUGGUCAGAAAUGAGAAGACAUGAAAUGUUGAGGGAAGAGCUGCGACAGAGAAGAAAGCAGCUUGAAGCUCUGAUGGCUGAACAUCAGAGGAGGCAAGGUCUGGCUGAAACUGCAUCUCCAGUGGCUGUGUCAUUGAGAAGUGAUGGAUCUGAGAACCUAUGUACUCCUCAGCAAAGUAGAACAGAAAAAACGAUGGCAACUUGGGGAGGGUCUACCCAGUGUGCACUAGAUGAAGAAGGAGAUGAAGACGGUUACCUUUCUGAAGGAAUUGUUCGGACAGAUGAAGAGGAGGAAGAAGAGCAAGAUGCCAGUUCCAAUGAUAACUUUUCUGUGUAUCCUUCUAACAGUGUGAAUCAUAACUCCUACAAUGGAAAGGAAACUAAAAAUAGGUGGAAGAACAAUUGCCCUUUUUCGGCAGAUGAAAAUUAUCGUCCUUUAGCCAAGACAAGGCAACAGAAUAUCAGCAUGCAACGGCAAGAAAACCUUCGUUGGGUGUCAGAGCUCUCUUACGUAGAAGAGAAAGAACAAUGGCAAGAACAAAUCAAUCAGCUAAAGAAACAGCUUGAUUUUAGUGUCAGUAUUUGUCAGACUUUGAUGCAAGACCAGCAGACUCUAUCUUGUCUGCUACAAACUCUUCUCACGGGUCCUUACAGUGUUAUGCCCAGCAAUGUUGCAUCUCCUCAAGUACACUUCAUAAUGCACCAGUUGAACCAGUGCUAUACUCAGCUAACAUGGCAACAGAAUAAUGUUCAGAGGUUGAAACAAAUGCUAAAUGAACUUAUGCGCCAGCAAAAUCAGCAUCCAGAAAAACCUGGAGGCAAGGAAAGAGGCAGUAGUGCAUCGCACCCUCCUUCUCCCAGUUUAUUUUGUCCUUUCAGCUUUCCAACACAGCCUGUAAAUCUCUUCAAUAUACCUGGAUUUACUAACUUUUCAUCAUUUGCACCAGGUAUGAAUUUCAGCCCUUUAUUUCCUUCUAAUUUUGGAGAUUUUUCUCACAAUAUCUCUACACCCAGUGAACAGCAGCAACCCUUAGCCCAGAAUUCUUCAGGAAAAACAGAAUAUAUGGCUUUUCCAAAACCUUUUGAAAGCAGUUCCUCUAUUGGAGCAGAGAAACCAAGGAAUAAAAAACUGCCUGAAGAGGAGGUGGAAAGCAGUAGGACACCAUGGUUAUAUGAACAAGAAGGUGAAGUAGAGAAACCAUUUAUCAAGACUGGAUUUGCAGUGUCUGUAGAAAAAUCUACAAGUAGUAACCGCAAAAAUCAAUUAGAUACAAACGGAAGAAGACGCCAGUUUGAUGAAGAAUCACUGGAAAGCUUUAGCAGUAUGCCUGAUCCAGUAGAUCCAAUAACAGUGACUAAAACAUUCAAGACAAGAAAAGCGUCUGCACAGGCCAGCCUGGCAUCUAAAGAUAAAACUCCCAAGUCAAAAAGUAAGAAGAGGAAUUCUACUCAGCUGAAAAGCAGAGUUAAAAACAUCAGGUAUGAAAGUGCCAGUAUGUCUAGCACAUGUGAACCUUGCAAAAGUAGGAACAGACAUUCAGCCCAGACUGAAGAGCCUGUUCAAGCAAAAGUAUUCAGCAGAAAGAAUCAUGAGCAACUGGAAAAAAUAAUAAAAUGUAAUAGGUCUACAGAAAUAUCUUCAGCACAUGCUAGGAGAAUACUACAGCAGUCUAACAGAAAUGCAUGCAAUGAAGCGCCAGAAACUGGGAGUGAUUUUUCCAUGUUUGAAGCUUUGCGAGAUACUAUUUAUUCUGAAGUAGCUACAUUAAUUUCUCAAAAUGAAUCUCGUCCACAUUUUCUUAUUGAACUCUUCCAUGAGCUACAGCUACUAAACACAGACUACUUGAGACAGAGGGCUUUAUAUGCAUUGCAGGACAUAGUAUCCAGACAUAUUUCUGAGAGCCAUGAAAAAGGAGAAAAUGUAAAGUCAGUAAACUCUGGUACUUGGAUAGCAUCAAACUCAGAACUUACUCCUAGUGAGAGCCUUGCUACUACUGAUGAUGAAACUUUUGAGAAGAACUUUGAAAGAGAAACCCAUAAAAUAAGUGAGCAAAAUGAUGCUGAUAAUGCUAGUGUCCUGUCUGUAUCAUCAAAUUUUGAGCCUUUUGCAACAGAUGAUCUAGGUAACACCGUGAUUCACUUAGAUCAAGCAUUAGCCAGAAUGAGAGAAUAUGAGCGUAUGAAGACUGAGGCUGAAAGUAACUCAAAUAUGAGAUGCACCUGCAGGAUUAUUGAGGAUGGAGAUGGUGCUGGUGCAAGUACUACAGUUAAUAAUUUAGAAGAAACUCCCGUUAUUGAAAAUCAUAGUUCACAACAACCUGUAAGUGAAGUUUCUACCAUCCCAUGUCCUAGAAUUGAUACUCAGCAGCUGGACCGGCAAAUUAAAGCAAUUAUGAAAGAAGUCAUUCCUUUUUUGAAGGAUUUUUCUCAGGAGCACAUGGAUGAAGUAUGCUCCUCGCAGCUUCUAACUUCAGUAAGGCGCAUGGUUUUGACCCUUACCCAGCAAAAUGAUGAGAGCAAAGAGUUUGUAAAGUUCUUUCAUAAACAACUUGGAAGUAUAUUACAGGAUUCACUGGCAAAAUUUGCUGGCAGAAAACUGAAAGACUGUGGAGAAGAUCUUCUUGUAGAGAUAUCUGAAGUGUUGUUCAAUGAAUUGGCUUUCUUUAAGCUUAUGCAAGAUUUGGAUAAUAACAGUAUAACUGUUAAACAGAGAUGCAAAAGGAAAAUAGAAGCAACUGGAGUGAUACAAUCUUAUGCCAAAGAGGCUAAAAGGAUUCUUGAAGAUCAUGGCUCACCUGCUGGAGAGAUUGAUGAUGAAGACAAAGACAAGGAUGAAACUGAAACAGUUAAGCAGACUCAAACAUCUGAGGUGUAUGAUGGUCCCAAAAAUGUAAGAUCUGAUAUUUCUGAUCAAGAGGAAGAUGAAGAAAGUGAAGGAUGUCCAGUGUCUAUUAAUUUGUCUAAAGCUGAAACUCAGGCUUUAACUAAUUACGGAAGUGGAGAAGAUGAAAAUGAGGAUGAAGAAAUGGAAGAAUUUGAAGAAGGCCCUGUGGAUGUCCAGACUUCCCUCCAGGCUAACACUGAAGCUACUGAAGAAAAUGAACAUGAUGAACAGGUCCUACAACGUGACUUUAAAAAGACAGCAGAAAGCAAAAAUGUCCCAUUGGAACGAGAAGCCACUAGUAAAAAUGACCAAGAUAACUGUCCUGUGAAACCCUGUUACCUCAAUAUCUUGGAAGAUGAGCAACCUUUAAAUAGUGCUGCCCAUAAGGACUCACCUCCUACUGUUGAUUCAACUCAACAGCCUAACCCUUUGCCGUUACGUUUACCUGAAAUGGAACCCUUAGUGCCUAGAGUCAAAGAAGUUAAAUCUGCUCAGGAAACUCCUGAAAGCUCUCUGGCUGGAAGUCCUGAUACUGAAUCUCCAGUGUUAGUGAAUGACUAUGAAGCAGAAUCUGGUAAUAUAAGUCAAAAGUCUGAUGAAGAAGAUUUUGUAAAAGUUGAAGAUUUACCACUGAAACUGACAAUAUAUUCAGAGGCAGAUCUAAGAAAGAAAAUGGUAGAAGAAGAACAGAAAAACCAUUUAUCUGGUGAAAUAUGUGAAAUGCAGACCGAAGAAUUAGCUGGAAAUUCUGAGACACUAAAAGAACCUGAAACGGUGGGAACCCAGAGUAUAUGAGAUGUCUUCAGAGGCUCAUCUAACUCUGUCCUUACAUACUCAAUGCAUAUAUGAAAACAAUACUAAAUAAACAUCUGAUCUGUAUAAAAAUGUAAA